AUUAUUCUCUUUGGACGACAUGACGUAUCGUAUGAUUGCAAAUCAUUUGACGUAUUAUUUUAUUUAUUAGUGAUUGAUUUUAAUCGACCAAAAAUUGUAAUUCAAAGCUAUAUCGAAGAAAUAAUAAGUGUAUGAUAGCAGUGAUAUUCACCUAACCCGUUACAGUAUUGUAUGAGUGCGUUUUUGUGCUAAGAAAUGGCUAAAACCAAAGUUACAGGAGCUACUAGCAGGCUGAAGCAAGAUUACCUUAGGCUGAAAAAUGACCCUGUUCCAUAUGUGACGGCAGAACCAGUGCCAUCAAAUAUUUUAGAAUGGCAUUACGUUGUCAAAGGCCCAGAAAAAAGUCCUUACGAGGGUGGCUACUACCACGGAAAAAUCAUAUUUCCGAGGGAGUUUCCUUUCAAACCGCCAUCAAUUUAUAUGAUUACACCGAACGGACGGUUCAAGACGAACACUCGACUGUGCCUUAGCAUUACAGACUUCCAUCCCGAUACGUGGAACCCAGCGUGGUCAAUAUCUACAAUUCUCACUGGCUUGCUCAGCUUCAUGUUAGAAAAAACUCCAACAUUGGGAUCUGUUGAAACUUCAGAUUUCCAGAAACGUUGCUUGGCGGCGGAGUCUUUGGAGACAAAUAUAAAAAACAAAAUGUUCUGUGAGCUAUUUCCGGAUUAUGUCCAGGAGAUUGAGCAGCAGCUGAAGUUGCGGCAGGAGGCCAUGCUUCACGCGGACACCACAGCUCCCAGCCCAGGUGAAGUGAUAACAGAGCAACAAUCUAAUAUGUAUUAUAUCUUGACCAAUUUGUUUGUGUUGGUAGGCUUUGUAUUUCUUGCAUACAUGGUAAAAUAUGUUUUAGUCUCCAUAUCCAAUGAUUAGUCAUGCUGUAUUUUUAAUGUAAAUAUUGUAAUUUAUUUUGUAAAUACAUAUUAUUCCAUUAGAGGCAAAUUUUGAAGUUAUUAAUUAAUAUGACAUUGUGCUAAGCAUACAGACUAUUGAUGUACGGGAUGUACCUUAUAUGAACCUUGUUUGUGUGACAAGACAUUGCUGAUAUACUCAAUUGUAAUGGGGAGAAAAACUCAAAGAUCUACGUAGAUGUCUCCAUCAUCGACUCUGUUGUUUGGUUGAUGUUUCUUGUUAUGUUAUUUAUUGAAUAAUUUCACUUGAUUAUAAUAAUUAAUAUGAAUGCUCUUGACUUAUAUCUUUUCAAAGAAACAUUAUAUAUUAUUGACCAUGGUUUAUUAUGAAUUAAUCGUAAUUAAGUACCUAUAUUUACCAAAAUAAUAAAAUACAAAAUUGAAUAUCUCAUCUCAGUACGGCAGUUAAACUGUGAAUAUUUAAUUUCAUACAAUAUUUGUUUACUUUUGUAGACAUAUAUUACCUAUUAUGGAUUUUGACCAGUGGGAAGGCUAAAUUAGGCACAUGCGUUCAUGCGCCAUGUGAUAGGAUAGGAAGCUUGAUAAAAAGCAGUUUUUCUCCUCAUUUAGAUAUGGUAACAAGUUGUAAGCUAAACUGUUGGAUUGUAUAAACUUAUUGCAAGUGUAGUUACCAGUUAUUUAAAAUUAAAAUGUUAUCCCACAAACAUUCUCCUAAUAUUCAGUUACAAAUAAAAUUGGAAAUGCAUAGAAAGAUCUCUUUUGUUCCAAAGUGCUAUUUCACUAUUGCAACUAUGUUUAUUGUAAAUUGUAUGUGUUACAUUGUAGUGUAAAGAAUAUAAAAACAUUGAUUAUACAACAUAUUGAGCAAGCACUUUCAUUGUUAGUGUAAACAUUGUAUUCACACAUUCAUAGUUUUUAGAAUUCUUUGUGAUGAAUAGCUAGGUAGCGUGUUUUAAAUUAGAGAAAAUAAUGUAGUAUAAUGUGAUACUUUUUCACUAUUGCAAGUAUUCUCAGUUAAUAUUGCAAAUAGCUUUUAGUGUGAGAGACAUUUGUCAAUAAUUGUCAAGUUAUAAACUUACAAAUAAAUGUAAUAAUCUCAAAGUUGUUGCUGCUUGUGUUCGUUUGACUGUCUGUUGUUAUUCCAAAUAUAAUAAUGAAUGUUAAGUUGAUUGAAUUCGAGUAUUUCUUAAUGUGCUGCUAUCACCCUAAUACUGAAAUGCUACUUGAUUUUAAGUUGUACUUAAAGAAUAUAUAGUAUGCUACUAUCAACUAUUUCAAUUUCAAAUAAUUUAUUUCAGACAUAUUGUAUUCAUAAUCUUAAUAGUAACAAGAAAACUUAAAAACUUGAGUCUUAAAAUUCAGUGGUGUUUGAGUAUUUGGACAUAAUUCUUCUAGCUUUAUGUCAUUUACCUAUAUGAUGUUAUUCAUGUAUUAGAGUCCAAAAUUGUUAAUCUUUCAAUCAUCAAUAUUGAGCCUACUGCUGCAUUUAAAUUGUGUUGUCCAUGUAUGAAUAUUAUAUUUGACGAAUAAAACUAUGUGCUAUAUAAAAAUCUGCUAUUGUUUGAUCACUAGUGCUAUUGUAAGGUGUGUCAGAAUUGGGUACUAUUUGUGUAAUACAAAUCGACAAAAAGUAGUAAAUUAAUAUUAUUUAUGUGCAAAUUAUUUUUAAGUUCUAUGGACUAAUGAUUUAUUUUAUUUGAAUUCACACACAUCCUGAUGAAAAUAGUACUUAAAAAUAUCUAUUAUUACUUCUUUCAUUGCUUGUGUAGCUGUUUCACAUUAUAAAUUUAAGAUUCCAAAAUGUUUCAAUAGUAAGGAGCCCUUCAUUUGCCAUGUAAUGUUGCGCACAUCAUACAAAUAUGUGAUUAUAAUCAUUGUAUACUGUUGAUUUUAGCAACUGCUAAUUGUUUUAAAUCUAGUAAAAUGGUAUUUUUAUAUGAAA